GGGCAUCAGUUCGAGUCCUGCUCUGCUACGCUCUCUACACAGCUCAUCUAUUCAUCAUGAAAGUCCUGGCCGUUCUGCUGCUGGCGGGAGCCGCCUCUGCGGCCCACCACAGCAGCUCGGUGUCCCAGCGCGUGGGUACCGUGCCGGCCAGCACGGCACCCCUCACCUACACCGCCGUCGGACACACACCCGUCACACACCCGGUUGUUGGUGUCUCCACUCACGGCGUGGUGCCGGCCACCGUCUACGGCGCCGGUCUGGUGAACCACGGAGUGCCCAUCACCAACGGAGUGCCCGUCACCACCUACAACGGAGUGCCCGUCACCAACUACAACGGAGUGCCCGUCACCAACUACAACGGAGUGCCCGUCACCAACUACAACGGAGUGCCCCUGACGACUUAUGAUGCCGUUCCCGUGACCGGCUAUCACGGAGUGCCCGUGACUGGCUAUCACGGAGUCCCCGUGACGGGUUAUCAUGGAGUUUCCGUGAACGGUGUCCCCGUGAGCACCUACACCGCCGAGCCUGUUCACGUGGCUGGCGUCGCCGGCGUUCCCUACACCCACCCCGUGUACAGUGGCGUCCCGGUCACCGGUCUCCAUGGCAACGUGCACAGCUCCUCCGUCAAGGUGGAUGCCGAGUAAUUUCGAUGUUUGUUAUUUGAGGCAAAUAUGUUCUGCUGACUUGAAGCAAACUAGCAUUGUCUGGUGGCAUUCAAACGCUUGUAUUCGGCGUGUCUGGAAACGAGAUAUGGAUCGAGACUGGAAAAUACACUCAUCAAUUGAG